CGCGGCGUCGCGCGCUGAUUGGCUGAAACGCCUCCGCCAGCCACCAUGGGGCACAGAAUUCCUCAAGGAAAGGCUGGGAGCGCCCAGCCUUCCCAGUUGACAAAGAAUUGGCAAAUGGGUCUGUAAUCCAGCUGUAUUUUCAAUGGCUUCUCUACCACAGCUGUGGGGCUCAGCUUAUUUAAGUUGGAAUGGUUUGGUUGCCUUGAUUCAUGAACGACUGAUUCUGCCAUCUUCAGAGGUUAAACAUCGCUUCAGCCUUCACAGUGGAGUAGAAGAGAUAAAGGAGACAGGAUGCCAUUGCAGGAAGACGUCUCACCAAGCAAGAGGAUGAGAGUUCACUAAAUAGUUUCUGCAAAGCAGCCUCUCCUUCCUCUCUUCCCACCAUGUCUUCACUGUGCCUUUACUUGUAGACCUCUAGUACCCUCAAUCUUUUGAGUUCUCUGUGUCAGGUUCAAUGUUUGUGUUCAGUUCCUUGGAGAAGCUUCAGACAUUGCUCUGCCUUGAGAUCCUGCCAGUGCUCAAAGCCUCGGAUCCAUCUGGAGAGAGAAAAUGAGCAGCAUAAAUUCCCAGUUUGUGUAUUAGCUAAAACGGUGGUCAGUGUCUGCUAUUUCUGCAUUUGGGAUCCUCAGUCUGAGUGUGGGCUCAUUAUUCUAUUGGAUUAUAUAUCAGAAGUAAUUUAUUUUCCUGGGAAGUGAGUCCUACAUACGCAAAUCUGUUCCAAAAUGGAUUCCUUGUGUCUCUCAGAUGUUGCUUUUGCCUUGGAUAGUCUUCAGAAAAACAAACUGUCUGAUUAAGUUUACCAUUGGUUUUGCCCCCCAUCUAGAAAUUAGAGGAGAUCAUAGAUUUAGCACAUUUUCUGGAUGCUGAGAUUCAUAUGCAGAGUGUUGAAGGAGCAGCAGCUUUCUUUAGCAGCCACUCUCUUGUGCUGCCCUUAAGCAUCCUGGAUUGAUGCAUUUUUCAUUUUCCAAUGCAAUUGAACCUUACUGUGCUGGUGCUUCAGCAAAGCCAUAAUAUCUCCAAACCUAACAGAAGCGUUAUUUUGAAGUUUUCAGUUACAGGAGUGUUAAUGCCAGGCUUGUUUCCUUAACAGUCUGUUACAUGCUGUAGGCAAGGAUUGUGCUGUUUGAGGUGAAUACAGCACAAACUGCUGUGCAGAUCUGCCCACUUCAGACAUCUCAGUGGAAGCCAGAUGAAUGGCACUGUUUCAGGCAUGGACCAGAGCUGUGGGAAAAUGGCCAUCAAGAGUUAAGGGUUUAUUGGUAUAAUGAAGGGUAGAUUUUCUCCCUUCCCUGCAAAUCCCUUUUAAAGAAGUCUCUGAGCAGAAACAAAGGCUUGCUGUCCAUCACCAUUUACUGUCACUUCUUUUCACAGAUUUCUGUGCUGUUUUUCUCAUGUCUGCAGUUAUUCCAUUUAUCCCUGUUUUUAUGGUAUGCAUCUGUUCUUAGUUAUUCUCCAUCCUUUCACUCUUCUAAACUUCACUGUAUUCCCCUAGAAAUCACCUUUUUAUUUUUAAACUCCUGUCUGCCUCUCAAGGUUUCUGCAUUUUUUGUUACCAUCUUUCUAUGGAGCAUCUUCUCACUGUAUAUCUUAAGCCCAGUUUCUUUAGCAGUUUCCUUCAUCUCACUGCUGCUGGACUUCCUUCAUCUUGUCCACAGUGUGUUGUCAUUUUGAGUCACACAUGGAAGGCUGAGCUGCAAGGCUGCAGGAACCCUGGACUUCCACACGGAAAUGCUGCAGCCAAAUACAGAUGUCCAAUUCCAGACGAGUCAUGGUCUUGCAAGUGAAAAGGGGCAGAGACGUUCACUUGAAACAUUUCUUACAGAAUAAACAUUGGCAACCAAAGGUAGUGAACUGAGCACUGAUGGCCUUGCUUUUGAAGAGGAAUAUGCUGUGUUGCAGCCUUGCUGCAGGACUUCACCUCUUACACUCUGGUGUAUCUACAGUGGAGGACUAGGAGCAGGCCCUUGCAGCCAAUGCUGGGACUGGGUUUGCAGUGGCAGAACCUCAAAUUGCCAUGUUCUGCGGGAAGCUAAAUAUGCAUGUGAACAUCCAGACUGGGAAAUGGGAACCUGACACUUCUGGGACCAAGAGCUGCUUUGGAAGAAAGGAGGAGAUUCUGCAAUACUGCCAGGAGAUGUACCCAGACCUUCAGAUCACCAACGUGGUAGAAGCCAACCAGCCCGUCAGCAUUGACAGCUGGUGCAAGCGUGGGAAGAAGCAGUGCAAGGACCACACUCACAUCGUCGUGCCGUACAAGUGCCUGGUGGGUGAAUUUGUAAGUGACGUCCUGCUGGUGCCCGAGAAAUGCCGGUUCUUCCACAAGGAGCGCAUGGAUGUGUGUGAAAGUCACCAGCACUGGCACACUGUGGCAAAGGAGGCCUGUCUGACAGAAGGGAUGAUCCUGCACAGCUAUGGGAUGCUGCUGCCCUGUGGAGUGGACCAGUUCCACGGAACAGAAUAUGUGUGCUGUCCUCAGACUAAGGUUGUGGAUGAGGCUCUGUCCAAAGAGGAAGAGGAAGAGGAUGAAGACUAUGACCUUUACAAGAGUGAGUUCCCUACAGAGGCAGGUGUAGAAGACUUCACAGGAACAGCUGUGGAGGAAGAUGAGGAUGAGGAUGAUGAAGGGGAAGAGGAGGAGGAUGUGGUGGAAGACCGUGAUUACUACUAUGACAGCUACAAGGUUGACGACUACAAUGAAGAGACCCCCACAGAGCCCAGCAGCGACAAGGCUAUGGCUGAAAAAGAAGUGAGCAGUGACAUGAAAUCUGUCUGCUCCCAGGAGGCCAUGACAGGGCCCUGCCGGGCUGUGAUGCCUCGUUGGUACUUCGAUCCUAACAAGAGAAAAUGCAUUCGCUUUAUAUAUGGAGGCUGCGGAGGCAACAGGAACAAUUUUGAGUCAGAGGAGUAUUGUAUGGCUGUGUGUAAAAAGAUGAUGCCAACUGAUGAUGUGGAUGUCUACUUUGAAACCCCUGCUGAUGACAAUGAGCAUGCCCGCUUCCAGAAGGCCAAGGAGCAGCUGGAGGUCAGGCACCACAACCGCAUGGACCGGGUGAAAAAAGAGUGGGAGGAAGCAGAACACCAGGCUGUUAAUCUCCCCAAGGCAGAAAGGCAGACUCUGAUCCAGCACUUCCAGGCCAUGGUGAAAUCUCUGGAGAAAGAAGCAGCGAGUGAGAAGCAGCAGCUGGUGGAGACUCACUUGGCUCGUGUGGAAGCCAUGCUGAACGAUCGCCGUCGCAUCGCCCUGGAGAACUACCUGGCUGCCCUGCAGGCUGACCCACCACGUCCCCACCGCAUCCUGCAGGCCCUGAAGCGCUACGUCCGUGCCGAGAACAAGGACAGGCUGCACACCAUCCACCACUACCAGCACGUCCUGGCAGUGGAUCCGGAGAAGGCUGCGCAGAUGAAAUCCCAGGUGAUGACACAUCUUCAUGUGAUUGAGGAACGGAUGAAUCAAAGCUUGUCUCUGCUCUACAAGGUGCCCUAUGUGGCUGAAGAAAUCCAGGAUGAGAUUGAUGAGCUGCUUCAGGAGCAGCGUGCAGACAUGGAUCAGUUCACAUCCUCCAUUUCUGAGUCUCAGGUGGAUGUCAGAGUGAGCUCUGAGGAGAGUGAAGAAAUUCCCUUGGAUGGCAAACCUUUCCACCCGUUCCAGGUGAAAACCUUCCCAGCCUUGCCUGAAAAUGAAGAUCCUCAGCCGGAUUUGUACCAUCCAAUGAAAAAAGGUUCUGGCAUGACUGAGCUGGACGGGCUGAUUGGUGCUGAAGAAAAAGUGAUUAACAGCAAGAACAAGGUGGAUGAAAAUGUGGUAAUUGAUGAAACCCUUGAUGUGAAGGAGAUGAUUUUCAACGCAGAGCGUGUUGGAGGGCUGGUGGAUGAGCCGGAUAAUGACAACUCCCUCCGUGAUGACUUUGGCUUCAGUAGCAGUGCCCUUAUUGGGCUGUUGGUGAUUGCUGUUGCCAUAGCUACUGUUAUAGUCAUCAGCUUGGUGAUGCUGAGGAAGAGGCAGUAUGGGACCAUCAGCCAUGGAAUUGUGGAGGUUGACCCGAUGCUCACCCCUGAGGAGCGGCAUCUGAGCAAGAUGCAAAACCAUGGCUACGAGAAUCCCACUUACAAAUACCUGGAGCAGAUGCAGAUAUAAAAGAGAUGAAGAUGGAGUAGCCCCGAUGGGAAAAGGUGCGGGGUGGAGGGCCAAAGUGGUCCAGUGUUUUGGAUCAACUACUGACCAACAGUUCAAGAGGACUUCAUCUUACAUUCAGAACUCCUGGAUCAUUAAGACUAUAAUUACUACUGUAGAGUUGCAAUUUCCAUUCUUUAAAAUGGGUGAAGAAAUUAUAAUAUAACAAUAUGAUAUAUAAAUCUCCUUAAAUGGGAAAAAUGGAUCUAUUGCAGAUAUUUGACUGAGAUGUAGUUUUCUUUUUUUUUUAAUAAUCUGAAAAAUACCAGUUCUGUUGUACUGUUGUCUGAUACAAGCUCUAUAUAUAUAAAAUGGGAAAUGUUGAUUUUUAUUUCUGAUAGACCACCUGUAUAUUGAGGGUCGUUUGUACCAGUCCAUCUUCAAAAAAGGAGACAGUUGUGGCUCUUUGGUCAUUUUGGCUUUUGUAUAUAAAGCAUUAUUCUUUUUUCCUUUUUUUUUUUUUUUUUUUUUUAAGUGAAUUUCACUGGGAGUUGCAAAGAGAUUAAUUUAGGGAUAGGAGCUAUUACAGCAUAAGCAAGGAAGCAGUUAGGAAUGGUAUCUAACAAAAUUCCUUAUAAUGAGACAAAAAAAGAAAAAGAGAAAAAAAAAGGAAAAAAAUCCCAUUUUCAUAAUGCCAGUGGUGUGCACUCUGCUGCUUAGCAGCUUGGGCUCUAGGAAUCAAGACUCCCUGGAGGCAAGGAGUUAAAAGGCUUCUAGUAUCUCUGUUUAUAGUUAUUCUAGUAGAAUGUUAGAACAUGGUUUGUGCAUACUUGGGUCUGCACAUUCCCCUUCGAGAUUCAGUUCUGCUCUAGAGUUGGAAGUUCUGGUAUUGAAUUGAAAUCCUCUGUUCUCAGCCAGUUUCCUUCAGUACUCACCUGGCAUUAACAGCCCUCUCUUGCUACUACUUUCUAAUUUCCCCAGCUCUUCUGACUUACCAACAUGGUAACUACUUAAGAGCUGCAGGUUUUUGAGCCUUUGCAUCUCCCUGGGUGAUGUGGGGCCAGAAAUGACAAAUCACUGCGAUAACUGGGACCUUGGGAGCUGACAAACACAGAGAGGUCUCUUAGCUGAGGAGGGAAGAGACUGACUGAUAUCUUGGGAAAGGGAUGCUGCCUGCUUUAAGAGAAAUAGGAUGCAUAGGCCCCAAGAAGACCAAAAGGGGCAUUGUUCCACUCCACCAUCAUCAUGUCUUUGUAAUGCUUGUAUAGUUGGUGUUAAUGCUCACGGCUUUUUUAAAUCUGGGGGUUCUGGUAACCUGUGGUGUAUUUUUUCUAUUUUUCCUGUGACUUUAUUUUUUCUUCCCCUUUCUGUGUUUCUUCCCACUAUGCACAGAUUUACCUGCAAACUCCUUAGUGUGGUCUGUGGGGAAUGUACAAAGUUUAAACACAUCAAUAAACACUUUAACUUCCA